AUAAUCUUGCCAUUGACACGGGAGAUAAUACAUUAUACAACCGUAGUGGGGGCCGUGGGCUCAAUAAAACACAGCAACAUACUCAGUAUUUAGCCAAUGCAUGCUAAAUGUGACAAACAAUUUACCUCAAAAAGUCAAACUACACCAACAUAAAACUCAAAAAUAAAUACGUGGCUUAAUUUAGAACACAAUUAAUCGUGUGGUUCACUAGUAUAUACAAAAAGUUACACUGUCCUAAGCUUGUACGCAAAUAACUCCAAACAUUUGUUACAAAAAUCAUUCACUCUUCCUUUACUGGCUCUUCCAUUAGUUUCAUAAUUUCAUCAAAAAUCACUCCAAAAAAAAAAAUCAUCUUCAACUUCAAAAACACCAAAAAUAUGAAGAAUGCUAACCAAGCCCAAAAGGCCCACAUUCAUGUUCUUGUACUUCCAUACCCAAGCCAAGGCCGGAUCAACCCAAUGCUCCAAUUCUCCAAAAGGUUGGCCCAUAAAGGCAUCAAGCCCACCUUAAGCCCAACUCUUUGCUUCUCCAAAAUGAUGGACACGACCGCCAUCACAACCCAUUAUGGCUCACCAAUCAAUGUACGGCCCAUUUCCGAUGGGUAUGACGACGGUGGGUUUAUACAGGCUGGGUCCAUUACAGCCUACUUGGAUAGUUUCAAAACCAUUGGCCCAAAAACUCUGGCCCAACUCAUUGAGAAGCUAGCUGAGGAAGGUGAUCCAGUUAAGGCGAUUAUAUAUGACGGGCUUUUACCUUGGGCCUUGGAUGUGGCUAAGCAGUUUGGGCUUGGUAAGGUAUUGUUUUUUCCUGAGUCUUGUUCAGUGAGCAGUGUAUACUACCAUGUACAUUGUGGGCUGAUCAAGGUCCCUCUUAUGGGCCCAAGCCCAACGACGGUCUUGAUUCCCGGGGUGCCGGAGCUCCAGCCAUCGGAAGCUCCGUCGUUCGUUGCGAACGGGUCACACCCGGAGUGGUUAGCUUGGGUGUUGAGGCAGUUUUCUGAUCUUGAUAGAGUGGAUUGGGUGUUGUGUAGUAUUUUCUAUGACAUGGAAAAAGAGGUUGUUGAUUGGAUGGCCAAAAUGUGCAACAUACGCACCAUAGGACCAACAAUUCCAUCAUACUAUCUUGACAAACGAGUAGAAGAUGACAAAGACUACAGCUUCCAACGCUUCAAGCCAAUCACAACCUUAUGCAAGAACUGGUUAGACUCCAAGCCAAAAAACUCCGUCGUUUACAUGUCCUUCGGAAGCUUGGCUAAGUUAUCCGAACAACAAUUCGAAGAGCUAGCAUGUGGUUUAAGAAACACCCACCAAAGUUUCUUAUGGGUUGUAAGAGAGCUAGAGCAAGCAAAACUACCAAAGGAGUUUAUAAACGAAACCUCGGAACAAGGCCUAGUUGUGGGAUGGACUUCACAACUAGAGGUCCUGUCACACAAGGCGAUAGGGUGUUUUGUGACGCAUUGUGGGUUUAACUCGAUCCUUGAAGCGUUGUCCCUUGGAGUACCGGUGGUGGGUGUACCGCAGUGUUUUGAUCAAGGGACUAAUGCCAAGUUUGUGGAGGAUGUUUGGAGAGUUGGUGUAAGAGCUAAGGUAGAUGAAAAGGGGGUUGUGAAAAGAGAGGUAUUAGAGGAAUGUAUAAGGGAAGUUAUGGAAGGUGAGAAAAAGGAAGAGUUAAGGAAGAAUGCUGAUAAAUGGAAUAGGUUGGCUAAAGAAGCGAUGAGUGAAGGUGGAAGUUCUUAUAAAAAUAUUGAUGAGUUUAUGGCAUUUUUAGGUAAAUGUUAGCACCUUAAAUUUAUGUUUAUUGUGUUAAUUAAAGAUGUUGCAUACAUUUGAUAGUGGUAUGGUCAUGGACAACAUUAUAUGGUGUUGAUUGCAAAAUUUUCAAAUUAUAAAUACCACUUCCAUGA